AUGGUUUAUUUUUACCGAAGCGAGAGUGAAAACGGACAAUCCUACGCGGUUAUUUUGGGGAAGGACAAAUACGAAAAUGAUAUGCUCAUAAAACAUGGCUUCAAGGAACUCAAUUACAUGUGGUUCCAUGCUGACAAGUACUCCAGUGGUCACGUUUAUCUCAAGCUAAAGGACGACGAAAAGCAACUGGCUGACGUGCCGAAAGACGUCAUCGAGGACUGUUUACAGCUUUGCAAAGCAAACUCCAUCCAGGGGAAUAAGUUGUCACAGUGUACUCUUAUUGCCACUCCCUGGAUUAACUUGCGAAAGAAUGGGACCAUGAAACCUGGCGAAGUUGCAUUCAAAUCCCUGCGCAAAAUUCAAAAAUUACAAUGCUACGCCCGCGACAACAAGGCUUUGAACAAACUCGACAAGACUCGACUCGAAGUCGUGGAAAAUGUAGAAUUGUGGCUACACGAAGCUAAAAAGACCAAAGAUCCGGACUUUUUUGAGGUUUAUUUAGCUAAUAAUGCUGAGUUACUCUUACAACAAGAGCAAGAAAGAAAAGCCGCGAAAAAGGCCAAAAAAAAUAAGGCAUCUCCGGAAACAUGA